UAUAAAAGGCCGAGCAGCCAGACCAACUGCAUCAUUCGAUCAACAGUUCUCCAUCCGAGCAGAUCAUAAGUAACCAACCUGCAAAAUGUUCGCCGAAACCGCUCUUGUUUCCAACUUCCAUGGAGUGCCAGAGAAGAAAUCUCUUACCGGCGCCUCCACCAACCUGAAGAAGCUGCUGAAGACCAUCAAGAAGAUCUUCAAGAGCUCAAAGCCUUCAAAGGAGACCCCGAUCACCAACAUCAUCUACUCCUGCAAUACUGAGGAGGAGCACCAGAACUGGCUCAACGAGCAACUGGAGGCCAUGGCCAUCCAUCUGCUCCACUGAGUUCUUCUGGGACAUCUCCUCCAUCGAGUAACUGUGAUGUGACCCAAUCAGAAGGUCUAUAAAUCUGCAAUCCGGCUUUAAUCUCCAACUGUGAUGAUGAGAACACGAGACUGACUUGUGUGCCUUGGAGGUGACAACCUUCGUCGCCUCCGCCUCUGUACAUAUCAAACUAGCUGCUAAAAUGUCUUCAAUCAUGCUUUAAUGUAGUCUAAGUUAGUGUAAUCAUUGUCUUCCAUUAGUUUUAAGGAAAUCAUUGUCUUCCAUGUUUGUUUGUUAGGGUAAAAAAUAGCUUAAGAAUUAAAAUCCCUCCAGGGGAAAAAAAGAA